CAUCGAAGAGUCCGAUUGUCAGACAGUCACGGUGAUAAAAGAUACGAUCAUGACCUUUUGGUUUUUAGCCUUAUUUUGGAGAGGAGUUUUAUUUUUUUGGAGUUUUCUAUUUCUUUCUCUUGGUUGGUAGAAGAACGCACCUUUCAUUAUGUUGUUUGCAGCUCUCUCCUCAGUUGAUAGAUGAUAUCAACUAUUCAUGGUGUAGCCAAGAACAAUGUAUACAAAGAAGAAAACAAGAAAAAAGAACGACUCUAGAAAAUCAGGGAGCUCAUUGAGAUUUCUUAUGGGACCCAAAAGCUUCAAUCUUUUGUUGGGUCUCGUCUGAUUCUUGUGGGAAAAGCACAUUGUAAAUGCCCCAUGAAUAUUCCUUGAUAUUCAUCAAAAUAAUUGCUUGCUGAGUUCUUUCAUGGAAGCUUGAGAAUGUCUGUGCGCACACUGAACUACCCUUUUCAACUGGUUAACAGUGUGAACAACCAGAGGAACCCAAUAAAACCCAGGGCUCCAAAUCCAACUUUCUCUGUAAAAUCUUCGAUUCUUCUCCGAACCGAUGAAAAUACUAAUUUACCAGACUCUGAUGCCAUUGAUGGGUCUCUCGAAAGAGGUCUUUCAGGCUCGAUUCUUAACCAACUCAACACAGUGGGCAUUGUUGGUGGGGUCUCAGCCACCUCCACUCUAAAUUUCUUGAAAAGAAUUGUCGGGUGGAGUUCUGUUGAUGGAGAAGAGACUCUCCCAUUUGUUUUAUGCAACAAUCCAGAGCUAAACAGAGAGCUUUCAAAUAGAGAAAGGGGGAAAGCCAGAGCCAAUUUUGAUUCAGAAGCCAUAGUCAAGAAGUUGAGGAGAAAGAGAGAGUUUUUGGAGAGAUCAGGAGCUCGUUGUAUUGUGAUGCCAUGCCAUUUUUCUCAUUCAUGGCAUAGUGAGGUCUCAGAAGGUUGCUCUGUGCCUUUCUUGAACAUGGCAGAGUGUGUAACAUCAGAGUUGAAGGAGGCGGAUUUGAAGCCAAUUGAAGCUGGGAGUUGCUUGAGGAUCGGGUUGCUUGCACCAGAGGCCACGCUAAAUGCCGGGUUUUAUCAGGAGCAACUUCAGAGUCAGGGCUUUGAAGUGGUGUUGCCUGAUAAGGCAACAAUGGAGCAUACCAUGUUCCCAGCCAUGGAAGCUCUUCGCAGGAAAGACAUCGAGGGAGGAAGGAACCUCCUGAGAAUAGCAUUUCGAGUUCUUUUGGUAAGGGCAGUGAACACUGUUGUGCUAGCUUCUGAUGACAUGCUUGGACUACUGCCCAAGGAUGAUCCUCUACUGAAGAAGUGUGUGGAUCCAAUGGAUGCUUUGGCGAGGGCAACUGUAAAUUGGGCUCGUACACAGGGAAACCGGGCAUGAUAUAUAAUAUUGGGUUUGAGUUUGAAAUUAUGGGCCAUUCAGUGACUCCAUACUUGUGUACACUACCGUUCCAUGGGUUGUUUAAGUUGUCAUAUAACUCCUGCAUACAAAUAUUACAUCUGUAUUUUAUGUAACUAAGAAAUUAUUUUUCCCA